UUGCUCUUUUCUAAUACCAUUUGGACCAAUCAAACUCCAAAACUGUUGUUUACCUCGUCGUAUAGCUAGAAAAUGGCGGAGGGUGCAGAAAAACCACGGAACUUGGAGGAAUAUGAAAAUCUUGCUCGGAAACGAACGGCCCAGACAUACUUCCAGUACUAUAAUUAUCCAGGCACAGCCGGUCAGACCUCCACGGAUAGUAUAGCCGCAUUUAAAAGGUAUAGAUUCAGACCUCAGUUGAUGAAUGAUGUGUCUACUCGAAAGCUUUCAACAACUCUUUUAGGGAAACCUGUCUCUCUUCCCAUCGGGGUCGCACCCACAGCCUUUCAUCGCUGGGUCGACACAAAUGGAGAGAUAUCUACAGCCAUAGGUGCUUCGGCAGUCGGUUCCGCAAUGAUCCAGAGCAGCUUCUCUGCCAAACACGUGCGAGAUGUGCGAGCUGCUGUUCCUCAUGGCGUGCUCUGGAAGAACAUCCACAUCUGGAAAGACCGACGCAUCACCAAGGCCUUGAUCAAGGCAGCUGAAGAGGCGGGAUACGAUGCCUUGGUGAUUACGGUAGAUUCCCCAAUGACAGCAGUGGAUACUGAUGAAUUCCGACGGAACUAUAUGUUCUACAAUCACAGGGAUAUGAGGUACCCCUUGAUGGAUCUUGGCUUGGAGGAGCAGGAAGAAGCAAAGAGGCAAGGAGAUGAAAACCUGAUCCUGUACUUCGCUUCACAGUACGACGCCAGUGUAACAUGGAAAGACAUACAAUGGUUGAAGACACUCACAUCGCUUCCGGUCGUAUGCAAAGGGAUACUUACAGGGCGAGCUGCGAGGCAAGCCGUAGAGGCAGGAGCUAAUGGUAUCAUUGUGUCAGCCCAUGGCGGGCGUCAGCUUGAUGGAGUUCCGGCUUCGAUUGAUGCAUUAGCUGAAGUAGUAGAAGCAGUUCGUGGGCGUAACGUAGAGGUAUACAUGGACGGAGGGAUACGGAAUGGAACCGACGUCCUGAAGGCUCUUGCAAGAGGGGCAAAGGCAGUAUUCGUAGGGCGACCUAUUCUAUGGGGACUGGCUUGCGGGGGGGCGGCUGGAGUGGAGCACGUUUUAACAAUCUUACGAACCGAAUUGGACUUUGCCAUGGCAUUGUGUGGUUGUUCGGAUGUAAAUGCCAUUCCAUCAGAUGUCGUCGUUCACGAAUCCUUCUACAAUAUUUCCAAAUCCAAAUUAUAACAUUCGAAUUGACGGCUUCGAAUAGACCAUCUGACGAGAAGCAUCGAUUCCUAUUAUGGUGUAAAUGAUAUUGAUUUUUUUUUACCUGAUUGCUAAGAAAGCAUGAAUGCUUGUAAGAAAGCAACCAGAGGACCGAUGGCUUCAGGUCUUCUCCGAGCGACCUGGUAAUGAGGAUAAAUGCAUUAUCAAAGGGCACCAGUGCACCAAUCACCAGAAUCCGAAACCCCUACCGACUGAGCUAUCGCGCCUCUCAGACUGGACUAAUGACACUGGGUCGGAACCUAUAUACUCAACACAGAUAUGGACUUUUUGUGUCAAGUUCCAGAUCUUUCCUGUUCUACCAUGUUCGAUCCUUAAAAUCUUUGGUUGUAAUGGGGGAGAGCUGUGCGAGUUAACCCUAGGGGCGAGUCCGGCCACCACGCGACCCGCCUCCUCCUUUGCUGUGAUUGGAUAAAAGUUUUGUUGAUGGUGUAAUGACAACCUAGAUAACAACAUAAUUGGCGAGAAGUUAUGUGCUCAGAAUCCCGAAAGCUUACAGCGACUUAUUUUUUCGAGGCCAUAGGAGUAAGCAAAAAAUGAUAUUUCUUGAUUUUUUCUAUAGACACUCAUGAAUGCAGUUAUAGCAAGUUUUUUUGUUAAAAAGGUGUGAUAUUUCACCACAGGUUGUAAAUUUUGCGACGGGGCAGGUGCCUAACUUGUCGGUUUAAUGGUGCUAAAUCAUAUACAUUUUCAUAAAUUAUUUUAAAAAUGGUAGUAGAAGUAGUAAAUGGUAGUAGAAGUAGUUGUUUUACCAACAUAAAGUAGGCGUAUAUUUUUUUUACAGACAUCUCAUGUUUAACAAUUAACUAUCACAAACGCGAUGAUACAUCGAUUUAUUUUCUAGCAGAGGUUUCUGCUUUUAUUACAAAAAUCAAUCAUAAACAUAAUUGUUGAAAAAUAAAUUUCGAUUCCAACAAGCAUGUUUCAAAAUAAUUACCGGGAUCAAGCAGUCAUCAUUGAACAUGUUGAAGCAAAAUCUUAAAUAUGGUGGAGCUACCGAUCUUAUCAUUUUACUGACAGUUUUUACGAAUCAAAUAAGUGAUACAGAUUGUUAAUUUUAAACAAGUUGUUCUAAAUACUAGAAUGCAUAGUUUGUCAUACAUGCCAAAUAUCAGUGAGUGCAUUCGGCAUGUAUUGUGCACAAAAAGGAAUUACAUCAUUGGUUUCUUUCAAGACCUCCAUAAAAGAUCAUUAUUCAUAGUUCAUAUUCAGAAAAUGU